AUGACUAAACUGCAGCACAAGGCAAUGCUGUCGGAAUUUUCUUCGAAUUUCAAUUUAGUUUUUGGAUUAAUUAAUAGCAAUUCAACACAAAAACAUAAAAAUCUUGUAGCAUUGGAAUUUACAAUUAGUACGAAAGAUAAAAUUAAAGUGAAACUUGAUUCUGUGAACGGAGGAAAAACUGAGAAACGAUACAAACUUCAAAUUUCCUAUCCAUCCAACCUGAUUGGACACUUUAAAUUAUCAAUCAGCAAGUAUUGUUUAGAAAAGAAACAGUUGACUCUUUUUAUUGAAGAUUUUAAAUUGGAAGAAAGUGCUUUACUGUUUAUUGGAAAGGUCGAAGGCAAAGUUUACAUGAUGUUAGUCAACCAACAAUGGAAUGGACUUUCGAUUGCAAAACUAAACAACAAAUUAUUUAAUCCCUUCUCAGAACAACUUUACAAGAAUAUUCUAGAUCAGAAUAGUGAUGGAGGAAUGAUGUAUAAUCCAAAUGUAUAUCUAGUAGAUGAACCCUCACUCCAUUUCAGAACAAUAUGUGACACAGCAAUGGGAAUGUUUCUUCCCUAUGAAAAAACAUCUUCUGUUGGAUCAGUGCAGAAAAAAUGUCAAUGUUAUUGCCAAAAAUAUUAUAAUGUUAAGGGGUUCAAUUUCUCAAUUUCUAUUAAGGACCCGAAUAUGUUUAAUGCUAUAAAUAUGGGAAUGGAAGGGGCAUACCCUGAGAGAAAUAAGGGUUAUUGUUUUAAGAAUGGUGUGUAUUGGUAUAGAACAUAUGAUUACAUUAUUGAAAAUUUAGAGUUUGAGGAAUGUGUGGAAAUUCAGAUGAGACAUAUGAGACCUAAUUAUUAUUUCCAAAAGGGACAUUUUUAUGAUGUUGUCUAUGUGAGAGGAAAGGUGAGGAAAGCUAGAGAUGAUGGUGAAUUCAAGACAUGUUUUACUUUGACAUCAUGGAAGAGAUUGUGUAUUGUCAAAGUAGAAAAGAGUGGUUGGGUUUCUAAAUAUUCCAUUAUCAAAUAA